CGCCUCUCGGCCCCGGUGCUGGAAGUGGCCGCGGCUCCCCGUUGACGGCUCCUCCGGGCGGCCUGGCGACCCUCGGCGUGGCGGCCGGCGACCACUGACGAUGAGCUCCCGGACGGCCGCGUGCCCACCCCGCGGGGACCGCCGGCGCCGCCUCAUCUAGCGACUGGGCACCCUCGCAAUCAUGGAGAUCUAGGAGGCCCCGAGGGCGCGGUGGAGGGGGCACCCCCUCCUCCUCCCUCCUCCACCCUGGUGCUGCGCCGCGGGAAGAACUCACCGACUGCGUGCGUGCGUGCGUGCGUGCGUGGACCGGUUCCCAAGGAAGAACUUGUGUUUGCCAUGAACUUGAUACAGCUGUUGAUACGUUUUUGAUUUCCGUGCCAAAGGAGCAUAUCAAGAUUAUAUAUGUACAUAUAGUUUUAUACUACCGUACGAGUGUGAACUAUCCUCCAAGGAAAGGGCGGUGCGCUGUCGCGUGAGGAUGAGCCCCGCCGGCCCGGACUGCACCCCGCGCUGCCGCUCGGCGGAGCACGCCCUGGACCUGCUGGCGGUGAUCACCCGGGCGAGCAGCGAGGGCCAGAUCAAGGCCUUCCUCGCCACGCACUGCCACAACGCCGCCACCGCCCGGGACGCGCUGGGCCGCAGCGCCCUGCACCUGGCCGCCUCCUGCGGCCGCAGGGCCGCGCUGGAGUGGCUGCUGGAGCGGGGCGCCGACCCGCAGGCCCGCGACCGGGAGUCGGGCUGGACCGCCCUGCACCGCGGCCUCUUCUACGGGCACAUCGACUGCGCCUGGGCCCUGCUGAAGCAUGGAGUUAGUUUGUAUAUGCAAGAUAAAGAAGGCCUGUCACCUUUGGAUCUUCUAAUGAAGGAUAGACCAGUUCAUGUAGUAUUCAAGAAUACUGAUCCUACGGAUGUGUACACCUGGGGUGAUAAUACGAAUUUUACUCUGGGCCAUGGGAGUCAGAACAGCAAGCACCAUCCGGAGCUGGUGGACUUCUUCUCCAGGACCGGGGUCCCCAUCAAGCAGGUGGUGCUCUGUAAAUUUCAUUCGGUGUUUCUGUCUCAGAGAGGCCAGGUGUACACCUGCGGCCAUGGUCCUGGAGGGCGCUUAGGCCAUGGAGACGAGCAGACAUGCCUGGUCCCCCGGCUGGUGGAAGGACUGAGUGCUCAUAACUGCGCCCAGGUGGCGGCUGCCAAGGAUCACACUGUCGUACUAACUGAAGAUGGCUGUGUUUAUACAUUUGGUCUCAAUAUUUUUCAUCAACUAGGAAUUAUUCCUCCACCUUCCAGUUGUAAUGUACCCAGGCAGAUGCAGGCAAAAUACCUGAAAGGAAGGACAAUUGUUGGUGUCGCAGCAGGCCGGUUUCACACGGUGCUGUGGACCAGAGAGGCAGUGUACACCCUGGGGCUCAAUGGAGGACAGCUGGGUUAUCUUCUAGAUCCCAAUGGAGAAAAGUGUGUGACUGCCCCUCGCCAGGUCUCUGCCCUUCAUCAUAAGGACAUCAGCCUGUCUCUGGUGGCGGCGGGCGAUGGGGCCACAGUGUGUGUCACCACCAGGGGAGACAUUUACUUGCUGGCAGACUAUCAGUGCAAGAAGAUGGCGUCCAAACAACUGAACUUGAAAAAGGUUCUUGUAUCUGGGGGUCGUAUGGAAUACAAAGUUGAUCCUGAACAUUUGAAAGAAAAUGGGGGUCAGAAGCUCUGCAUUCUUGCGUUGGAUGGCGCUGGAAGGGUGUUCUGCUGGAGAUCAACUACCAGUUCUCUUAAGCAAUGUCGAUGGGCAUAUCCACGCCAAGUCUUAAUUUCUGAUAUUGCCUUAAAUAGAAAUGAACUUCUGUUUGUCACGCAGGAUGGGGAAGGAUUUAGAGGAAAAUGGUUUGAAGAAAAAAGAAAGAAUUCGGAAAAGAAAGACAUUUUAUCAACCCUACAUCCUUCCUCAUCAGAAGUGUCUUCUGUCUCUGAUACGAGCAGUGUGUAUGAAAGAAUUCGGCUUGAGAAACUUACUUUUGCCCACAGAGCUGUUAGUGUCAGCACAGAUCCAAGUGGAUGCAACUUUGCAAUUCUGCAGUCGGAUCCUAAAGCCAGCCUUUAUGAAGUUCCAGCCGUGUCCGCAUCGUCCUUCUUUGAGGAGUUUGGCAGGCUGCUGAGGGACACCGACGAGAUGGACAGCAUCCACGACGUGACCUUCCAAGUCGGCCACAGAAUCUUCCCCGCACACAAGUACAUCCUGGCUGUGCGCUCCGACUUCUUCCAGAAGUUAUUUCUCUCAGAUAGCACCCCUUCUUCAGGGCUUCCAGAUGUUUACCGGAAAGAUGAAGAUUCCUCAGGGUGCCAUCUCUUCGCGGUAGAGAAAGUUCAUCCUGAUUUGUUUGAAUACCUUUUGCAGUUUAUGUAUACAGAUACUUGUGAUUUUUUAACGCACGGCUUCAAACCAAGAAUUCUCGUAAACAAAAAGUCAGAAGAGUAUCAGGGCUCUCUGAGUACUGAUGUGAACAAAAUAAAUUGCUAUGAAGAUGAUAAUCAGAAGUCAGCAUAUGCAGUUUACAAAAGUAAUCAAGUCCUUACGAUUAGUGAAGAGCAGAGAAGCAAACUCAAAUCAUCUAAAAAAGGCAAGAGUGGGGAGGAUGACCCAGUAAGGAUGUUGCAAAAUGUUGCAAAGAAAUUUGGCCUCAGUAAUUUGAGUAGUAGGUUAGAUGGUGUCAGAUUUGAAAAUGAAAAAAUUAAUGUUAUUGCCAAGAAAACUGGUAAUAAACUGAAGCUAAAUCAGAAAAAGUGUUCGUUUCUGUAUGACGUGACCAUGAAGUCCGUGGAUGGGAAGGAGUUUCCCUGUCACAAAUGUGUGCUGUGCGCGAGACUGGAAUAUUUCCAUAGUAUGCUGAGUAGCUCGUGGAUUGAGGCUUCCAGUUGUGCGUCUCUGGAAAUGCCAAUACAUUCUGAAAUCCUGAAAGUUAUCUUGGACUACCUCUAUACCGACGAAGCCGUGCUGAUAAAAGAAUCUCAAAAUGUGGAUUUUAUUUGUAGUGUUCUUGUGGUAGCUGACCAGCUUCUCAUAAUUCGAUUGAAGGAAGUUUGUGAAGUAGCACUAGCUGAAAAACUUACCCUUAAGAAUGCUGCUAUGCUACUGGAAUUUGCAGCAGUGUAUAAUGCUGAGCAGUUGAAACUGUCUUGUCUACAGUUUAUUGGACUGAAUAUGGCAGCUUUACUUGAAGCAAGAUCUCUUGAUGUUUUAAGUGAAGAUGUUUUGAAGGAUCUUUCUGUAUUUUACCGGAAAAUGAUUCCAGCAAUGGAUAGGAGACUCAUUACACCAUAUCAGGAAGGACCAGAUAUCAGUUAUUUGGAAGUAGAAGAUGGAGAUGUCUUCUUGAAAGAAGAAAUAAAUAUGGAGCAAAAUUAUUCGGAAACUAUGUUUAAGAAAGCUAAAGCUAAAGCUAAAAAGAAGCCACGUAAACGCUCAGAUAGCUCUGGUGGCUACAACCUUUCAGAUGUGAUUCAGAGCCUGCCAACUACAGGAUUGUUGAAGUCUGGGAAGACCAAUUCUGUGGAAUCUCUUCCCGAACUGUUGACGUCAGACUCUGAAGGAAGCUAUGCUGGAGUGGGCAGCCCUCGAGAUCUACAGUCUCCCGAGCUCACUGCAGGCUUCCAUGCGGAGAGGAUGGAGGCGAAAGUUAAACCUUAUAGUAAUGGUACACCUUCUGCAUAUACAUAUAGAGAAGAUUUAAAACCAUGGGAAAAAUCGUCAGUACUUCCAAUAACUGCUCCACAGUCCAUUCCCAGCAACAGGGCUGACACCACAAGUUCUUCUAGUUGGGUUUCUGGCUCCUUCAGUCUGGUCAGUCCUCCUGUUGUGGAUCUCAGAACCAUCAUGGAAAUAGAAGAAAGUAGACAAAAAUGUGGAGCUACGCCAAAGUCAAAUUUAGGAAAACUAAUUUCCCAUGGAGUUAAGCUCUCCCAGAAGCAACGGAAAAUGAUUGCAUUGACUACCAAAGAAACUAAUUCAGGAGCCAGUGGCACAGAAACGGCUUUAACCGCACCUUCAAAAUCUCCCAAACCUGCAUGGACAUCCUCUGUGCAUUCAGUUUCAUCCAAGUCAUUCCGGGAUUUCUUGCUAGAAGAAAAAAAGUCUGCCACUGGCCAUAGUUCAGGAGACCAUGUCAAAAAAGUUUGUUUUAAAGGAAUUGAAAAUUCUCCAUCUUCAAAAGUUAUAAGAAAUUCUACUCAUGUUGCUCCAGAACCAGAAGGCAGCCAUGUUUCAGAUAUACCACUUCUAGAAAGUCCCAAUCCCUGGCUGUGCGCGCUGAGCCCGCCUUGCGCGGUCGCCCCGGUCACGUUUGCGUCGAUCGUGGAGGAGGAGCUGCAGCAGGAGGCCGCCCUUAUCAGAAGCCGAGAGAGGCCCUUGGCUCUGAUCCAGGUUGAAGAGCGCGCCAUACAGGAACUAAUGGUCUUCUAUGAGGCCUCUGGCAACCCUGAGGAGUUUGUGGUUGUGGAGAGGACGCCGCAGGGGCCCCUGGCAGUGCCCACGUGGCACAAGCGCGGAUGCUAGCUCCCUGCGGACUGGAGACCUGGAGGCGCGUCUCCCACGCGGAAUGAGCAUGGAUGCGAGCUCCCUGCGGGUUGGAGACCGUCUCCCACGCGGGACAAGCGCGGAUGCGGGCUCCCUGCGGACUGGAGGCGCGUCUCCCACGCGGAAUGAGCACGGAUGCCAGCUCCCUGCGGACUGGAGGCGCGUCUCCCACGGGGUGCUGGCUGUCCGGCCGCAGCAGCAAGAGUUCUUCCGGUGCACACGGAACGGCAGGAUGAGAACGGCUCCGAGCUCUUUACUGUAGGUUUUUGUUUGUUUGUUUUGGAUGACUAAAAAUAAAUUUAUCAGAAUUGUGAUUUUAGUAACUUAUGUGAAAAGUGUUAAAGAAAAACUAGGUUAGAAUUAUAUAGGUUUGUUUCCUCUGAAUAAAUCUUCAAAAGGGAAAGAUGAGUGAAGUGUAAGAUUGAAGAAUGAGACGUUAAAAAUAACUGUUAUUUGAGCUAAAUAAUUUAGGAGCUUUAGCCACACAUACGUCACUCUGCGUUUUCAAUGUGACAUCGACGAGCCUAGAGUAGAAGCGUCAGUCCUGACCUCUGACCCGGAAUGGCCGGAGUUGGCCGUGCUAGCCGUGUCCGUGCUCGCUGCUUUUUUUUCAGUCAGGCUGUUUCAGUCUUAGUCCUGUUGAAAGCUCACCUUGCUUAAGUGCCAUAUUUCAGUUUGGGCAAGACAUUGUCUGUGUUUCAGUAGGUGAUCAAUUACAGUAGAAAGAAAAUAAGAAGUCUUGAUUUUAGACAGUUUUAUCAAAGAUAACAAUUGCUUUUAAAAUUUGGAGUCCUUGUAGAUUGCUUCCUUGGGUCGGGAGGGAGGACAUUAUGAAAGCCUAAUCGUGAAAGAAUCAAUUUGUCCGAGUGUUAAAAUGUUCUAAACCAAAUCUUUAGUGGUACAGGGAAGAUUCGAAUCGUUAGAAAGAAGAUUGAUUUUACAGCUAUCUUUAUAAUACUGUAUAAUCAGAAGGCUUAUUAUAUAUAGACAUGGUUUUGUUUACCGUCUGCUGUUUGGUUUGUUCCUGAUUAUUUAAAGAUUUAAAAAAUGAAUGUUAAAACCUGUCCUCCAGUACGCAGAAAAAGUGGGGAGGAUGCUGUACUUCCAGAACAUGGGUUUGGGGGCGCGGGGGGUGCCGUUCACCGCUGAGGUUCAGCCUGCAGAACAGUGCCUGAGACAAGCUCCACAUUUCAGCAGGCAUGUAAGCAAACGUGCAAUAAAGAAAAAUCUGGAUCCACUUC